AUGCCGCGUACAGCCACCGCCGCUGCUGCUGCGCUGGUGGGUGCGGGAGGGUUCUUCGCCCAACUGCCCACGGGCGAUAGCCACGCCUACAUGAUGAUCCCGGUCUCGCGUCAGUUGUGGGGGACCUCGGCCUUCCAAGAAGUCGGGUCGCCGGACAUAAACUACUGCCCACACUGUUUCCAGAGCCGUGGGCCAGCUGCUAUUCGUGCACGUGGAGGCGACAAGCCGUGGCCUCACUUCAACGGUGAACGAGCGGAAAACGGCAACUACAUCGAGAGCGAAGAGGUGGCUCAGAGGCACGGAAUCUGCGGCGAUCCUGAGCAGACUGCGGCCGAAGACUCCAACAAAUACGGCCUAGAGAACAGCAACUACCCCGUGCUCGAGACGUACGCCGAAGGGGGAAUCCUCGAGUUCAAGAUGGUCGUGUCGACCUACCACUGGGGCCAUGUCGAGAUGUUCCUCUGCGACGCCGACGACCUCCCCGGCGGUCCCGACAGCACCGUCACACAGUCCUGCUUCAACGAGCACCCCCUGGAUCGCGUAGACGACGAUGACUUCAACAGCCCCAUCGACCCCAGCAACACCGGGCGCUUCAUCCUCGACCCCCCCUGCCGCGCCAGCGAAACCGACCAGGAAAUGCUGGACGGCGCCUUCCCCGGUGAUGUGGCCACCGCGAGAUUCAAGCUACCCCAAGGCCUCACCUGCGAGCGUUGCGUGGUUCAGAUGGUUUACUACACCGGCAAUUCGUGCAAGCACCAAGGAUACGCAGAAUUCAACCCCGAGUCGUGGCCCAGCUCAUGCGCACCUACCAAGGCCGACUGGAUCAACGAGGUCGUCGGGCAUUGCGGCGACGGCGACGCCUACCCAGAGGAGUUCUGGAACUGCGCUGAUAUCUCGAUCACGUCCGAUGGAGACCCGGCUCCCAGUCCGACAACUGUCCUCACCCCCGCCCCGACGGCCCCUGAAGAGACCGAACCGCCUGCGACCGACGUGCCCACGGCAGCGCCCUCGUCCGCCACGACUUCCGAGGGUGAAGAAGAAGAGGAGGAGACCGGCGAGCCCACACCGGCCCCGAUCGCCAUCGAGGGAGAGGACACUGACGUGCCUACCUCAGCUCCAACAACCUCCCAGGGAGAGGAAGCCGACGAGCCCACGUAUGCCCCCACUUCCGAGGGGGACAGGGAGGAGGAGAACACGGACGGGCCUACACCGGCGCCCACCAUCCCCGAGGGAGAGGAGACUGACUUGCCUACCUCGGCUCCAACAACCGUCCAGGGAGAGGAAGCCGACGAGCCCACGUAUGCCCCCACGUUCGAGGGGGACAGGGAGGAGGAGGACACGGACGGACCUACGCCGGCGCCCACCAUCGCCGAGGGAGAGGAGACUGACCAGCCUACCUCGGCUCCAACAACCUCCCAGGGAGAGGAAGCCGACGAGCCCACGUAUGCCCCCACUUCCGGGGAGGAGGAGGACACGGACGGACCUACGCCGGCGCCGACCAUCGCCGAGGGAGAGGAGACUGACCAGCCUACCUCGGCUCCAACAACCGUCCAGGGAGAGGAAGCCGACGAGCCCACGUAUGCCCCCACUUCCGAGGGCGACAGGGAGGAGGAGGACACCGACGGGCCUACGCCGGCGCCCACCAUCCCCGAGGGAGAGGAGACUGACUUACCUACCUCGGCUCCAACAACCGCCCACGGAGGGGAAGCCAACGAGCCCACGUAUGCCCCCACUUCCGCGGGGGACAGGGAGGAGGAGGACACGGACGGGCCUACACCGGCGCCCACCAUCGCCGAGGGAGAGGAGGGGGAGGAGACCGAUGAGCCCACACCAGCGCCCACCACCGAGCUCGAGCCGGCCACGAUCAUGGCCUCCCCCACCGAGGCGAUCGUGGCGACCUUCGCACCGUCGGUGCCCCCCCCUGUGUCGACCGACCCCGACUGCGAGGACCCUGUCGGGGGGUUCAACCAGUGCGGGGGACCGGGCUACGAGGGCUCCACCUGCUGCAGGACCGGCUACGACUGCGAGCAGAUGGCGGACUGCUACUUCGAGUGCCGCCCGCGUGGCGACCGCUGCUCCGAGAGCUGGGGGCAGUGCGGAGGAUUGGACUGGGAAGGCCCCGAGUGCUGCUGGCCCGGCGCUAGGUGCGCCGAGCGCAACGAGUGGUACUACCAGUGCAUUCCCGAGGAUGCCAUCUACAGAUAA